AUGGGGAACGCUAACUCCGCCAUACUGGACAAUAUUGCCUCGGGGUCCAAUUUUGAUCGCGAUGAGGUGGACAGGCUGCGCAAGCGGUUUAUGAAGCUGGACAAGGACAACUCCGGUACCAUCGAGCGUGACGAGUUCCUCGCCCUUCCACAAGUCUCCUCCAACCCGCUCGCCACCCGCAUGAUCGCCAUCUUCGACGAGGACGGCGGCGGAGACGUCGACUUCCAGGAGUUCGUGUCCGGCCUCAGCGCGUUCAGCGCCAAGGGGAACAAGGAGGAGAAGCUGAGGUUUGCGUUCAAGGUGUACGAUAUCGAUCGGGAUGGGUUCAUAAGCAACGGCGAGCUGUUCAUUGUGUUGAAGAUGAUGGUGGGGAGCAAUUUGAAGGAUCAGCAGCUACAGCAGAUCGUAGACAAGACCAUCAUGGAGGCAGAUCUCGACGGCGACGGCAAGAUCAGCUUUGAGGAGUUCAUGAAGAUGGUGGAGAAUACCGAUGUUUCCAUGAGCAUGACGCUAGAUCAAUUCUAAGCAGUCGUGAAGGUGGUCUUCUUUUGGGUGCGGUACUCGGAGUUUUAGGCUGGUAUCGAGGAAAACCCUGUUCUUCUUCUGGCAUGAAUGCAUUGGUAGCGAUUCUAUGAUUGACUGAUCUCUUCCCGAUCGACCGUGAGUGCCUCAUCUUAACAGAUAUCUGGGGCAUUUAGUAAGAUGGAAAUGAUACAAUGACCCUGUAAAGAUUGGGCCACUCCUCACAGCGCCGUCGAGAGAGCAAGACUACAGCUCUGCAGAACUAGCUCCGUGAUCACGAUCUGAAGGUCGACACAGUGGAUAUUCGGCUACCUUUUGACUGACUACGUACCUGCUAGCUGAGCUCCUCCUCACAGUGGUUUCGAGCGAGCAAGAGUGGAAGCCGUGAAGUGGGAUAUACGAGUCCUUGAAGGAUUUAAAGAUUAAUGCGUUGUAAAUUGGGUCACCUUUUGACUGACUGAAUACUGACUAGCUAGACCACCCC